CUCUCCUCAGGGAUGUCUACCAUGUACGAUUCACAUCUACGCCCGGCAAAACGUCAGCGUACAAUGUCUAUUUCGCCCUCACCGAGGCCGAGGCUUUCAUCACUCACUCCACUCCCAGACUCCCCCUCCCCGAAGCCGGCACUCCGCCCGCUUCCUCCAGCAAUCGUACUCCUCGCGCUCCCAGGGCUUCUGGCACACCCCCCAACUCAUCCAGACUUUGGGUUUUCUCUCUUUCUCUCCCUGCGCGCACUAAGACAAUGCUUAGCUUUACCUGCCCUCGCCCCUGAUAUAGAAUGUCAUGCUUGGACGAGUUUAGCCGAAGUCGGCAUGAGAGUCAUGGAGAGUGGCUUUUGCUCUCAGGAGGGAGGAUGCGAUUGGGCUGUAGGUAUUUACGCCGAGGUCGAGAAAGCACUGAGCAAAGGCCUGCUCAUUGCACAAAAACACCCUUCACUUCGACCGCUUCGCCACCACCUCACGCUCCUCCAUGCUCGCUUUGCAUUUACAUUCCCUUCCUCUUCCACAUCGCCAAAAUUUGCACGCGCUAUCCUCAGACGCCUCAUUGCGUCACUCGCACCCUCCGAUCCCCCAGGCACCGUUUAUGCUGCACACCUGGCAUUAAUCACCCAGAUCACUACACCACCCCCUUCUUCUAAUGCUACCGCUAAUCUCAGCCCUGCACCACCAGGUGCCCCCGUCCUCCAAGCAACCCUUGCCGCCAUAGAUACUCUAAUAACUCUUGCACGCAAAAACCAUCACCCACGAAUUAUCGCCCUCGCUCACGUCAUCAGAUUGCGAGUCCUCCUUCGUGCAAGUGCAUGGCCGCAAGUUGGGGCUGCUCUCGAUACCGCAGAGGCCGUGCUUGGCUUAAUUUUCGACAAGGACGGCAAAGAUAGUCAUGAUAAAGGCCCUAUCAAUACAAUCGCCGACGCAGAACCAGAUAAUGACACACUUCCUCGUUGGAACUCCAUAACAGCUCACGACGUCAAUGCCCUUUCCCGCGAAUAUUCCCAAGUGCGCAUCAACAGCAAUUCAAAUAUGGGACCCAAACAAGAGGAGGAAAGCACACAAAUAGAUCCCGCUCAUGCUUCACUUGUUAUUCAUACUCUCCUCUCCGGUACUAUAUUUUUCACGUUCUCUGGAAACAUCCGUGCGGCCGAGCAAAGGCUCAUCGCGUUGCAUGAAAUUGUUGAUAGCGGGGCACUUGAGGGAUUCAAGGACGGAAUCAUUCAGAUACCUCUCCCACCGCACCCUCCCCUAGCGGUUCACACCACCCAUCCACUCGUACUUCUCCCGCUUACAUUCCUCGUCAGCGCUACUGCGAAACGUGACCCAGUGGGCAGAAAUCCAAAGAGAAGACUCUGGGCCGAAGCAGGACUCAACAUUCUCAAUGCUGCAAGCGAGGACAUUGAACUUCCCCUCUGGGCUUCCCUCGCAGACAGAGACGAAAUCAUACAGCGCACAGUAAGACUCACAGCUGAUAUUUUAUGCGAGCUCGUCGCGAUAUCAAUCCAACGGUCCGAAUUCGACGCCGCGGAAACACACCUAAACGCACUACUCUCCCUAACCCAUGCACACGACCUCUUCAACUCUUAUAGCGCCCGCAUCACCCUCCACGCCGCACACCUCGCACACGCACUCGGAGACACCGAACGCGCAGGCGUAUGCUAUCGCGUCGCCAAAUCGGUAGAUGACGAAACCAAUGCAGGAACCGGGUAUGUAGGCGCUGCCGCAUGCGCUGGAGAAGCGUUAUUACGCAUCGGACUUCAGGCUCAGCGUGACGACGAACACAUGGACACUAGCGCGAAUCAAGAAACAAGUGGUGAUAGAAGUGACUGGUUGGAUAGCGAGACGCACGCGUUGGCUAGGUCUGCGAUCCAGCGAUGUCAUGGGAUGGGAGGGACACUUGAAGCGGUUGGAAAGGUUGUGCAGGCGGCUGUGGCUGGUGCGAGGGGGGAGAUUGUUGGUGCCAAAUCACACCUGAAGUCUGCUCUGUCUUUAUCAACGUUGGCGGGAGAGAACCAUCUCCGCGCAUUGCUCCUCGCACAAGUGGGUGCGCAGUACUUGCAUACAGCACCUGCGCAUGCUAUGGAGACAUUGGCUGUGUGCGAGACGCUCGGCGCUGGGAUGGGUGCGAAGCAGAAGGACGCGAAUGGCGAGAAAAGUAAAGGAAAGGAGAAAGAGGCAGUUUCAGAAGGCAUUGCAGCCAAGUACGACUCAAUAGGCAAUGCCCCACUCCGUCUCUGGGUGGGCGAACGAUUCCUCGACAUAUUCAAGCGCGCAAAUAAGCCUCAUCGCGUGGCGAAGCAGGAGACAUUCAAUGCGAUGUAUCGGGGUGCGGUUGAGGGGAUGGUAGGGCGGGCGAGGUGGCCUUCUGCGGUGGAAUUUGAUCAGCAUGGCGCUGAUGAGGAUGUCAGAAUGCAGCACGCAGAUCAGGGUCAGAAUCAGGAUGUUGAGAUGUAGGGGUCUGCAACUUGUGUCGUUCAUUCGAGCUGGGGUGGAGAUGAACGGCGGGUGUUGGGUGAUCCAUCUUGGAGUUGGACGUUGCGGUUUCGGAUUGACUGAACUCAUAACCUUGCUAGAGGCACUUACUUAUAUUGAUACUCGCACACACACAGCAUACUGCAUACAUACCAUACACUCAACGUUCAAUGACCGCAUAAUGCUUACACUGCCAUCAUAUAGCAUCGAAGUAUUACAUUACAUACUGUAACAGUAACACCUGAGGCCAGCAUCUGUAGACUGGUAACCAGCCCCUCUAUGAGGCAAGCCGUCGAUAG